AUGCGUCCCAACUUGAUGGAUGUCCUGGCAUAUGACUCAUCUUCCAGAAAGCCGCGAAUUAUCGUCCAGACGGGCCGAUUUGCAACGGCAAAACAAUUGGAUGAGGUGAAUAAUUGAUACAUUUUUGCAGGCUGUGUCAUCGUUUCUGGACUCUACUGAGUUUGAAGAAAGAGUAGAAAAUUUUCACUGCUUGAUUUUAAAAGAAAAAUUUCAAGAACCAGCUACCAGAGUCAAGGUCAAAAAUUGAAGUUUGGCAGACUUUUAUCCAUAUUUUUCAUUGAAAUUUUAAUCUUUUUCUGAGGGAUUGGUCUAAUUUCUGUUAAUUUGAUUGAACGUUAUCAAAUAAAUUUAAAACUACUCUGAAAGAUUUUUAAUAUUACGAAACAAAAUGUGAAAGAAAGAAACAAAAAACAAAAAUAUGGAACGGAUGCAGAAAUGGAGCCGAAAGCUUUAUGGACGAAAUGAGCGGAGGGAAGAGCAGCUGUCAUUUUCACGAUCGAACGAUUUGCAGCCCGGCUAACGACGGACUUUAUUAGAUUCAAGACUGUUCAUGAUUUUAAGCUGUUAAUAAUUGGGUAAUUCGAAAUGCAAAACUUAACGACAUACAGACGAUCGUAAAGACGAUCAAAUUGAGAUAAUGAUUAUAAAAAAAGUGUAGGCGUUUGUCUUUUUUUUCGGUCGAUUUAUAAUAAACGUAAAAAUUUGAAGAGUGAUGAUCAAGAUUUAGGGUCACGAAUGGAAAACCAAUAAUGCCCUCCGUUUUAGCGAUUCGAGAUUAAGUGGAUUUUUGAACUUGACUUAUGCCUAAGAGCGGCUAUGAUUGCAGAUAUUGCAGCUUCGCGCAAGUAGUUUCACGUCGGAUGCGCUAAGAAAUCUCUCGGGAAUGAGUCAGAAUUAAAAUCUUUUCUUUUACUUGAAGGUCUUUACUUUUAUUAUUGACAUGACUUUUAUCAAACAAUAUUUAUCUUGAGUAUCGACCGAAAGCUUUGAAAAAAUUUAAUUAUCAUCCUGGAAAUAUGCUAUGAAAGUGUGAAGAAGAUAGAAAUAACUAUUUUAUGCAAUUGAAAUUAAUUUUCACGAUCUCGGUGAUUUUCAACCGGUUCAAGCUUUAUCAGAAACCCAAAAAUGUUUGAAAAGCACUUGGAAGCAAAUUGUUCAAGAACAGAGGUCAGAAAACGCCUUUUCUCUUUUCGAACAGCUGCGCCUAGCCUUUCGGUGGCCCAUUUUCAAUUGAGCUGCGUUCUUUUCAGCCGCGUAUUUGAAAAAUGGCUGCGAGGGGUGCAUAAUGGUCAUUGUUGGACUCACCGAUAUGAAAGGAGGAGGACUUUGGGUGGUUUGGCUAGGACACUUAUCAGCCAUCUUGAAAGCGAAACCAACUUUUCGUGUUCCUCAGUGCCGCCUCAGGGGAAAAAGUUUUGAGCGAAUAUAAGCCCCUCCGGAGGUGUCCGACACGCGUGUUUACGUUUGCAUUCCGUUUAAUAAUCGCUUCAAAAAGUUUUUCAAACAAAUCAGGCUAUAGCCACUUUGAAAAAAAAAAAUGAAAAUAUGAGUCCUUUUAUAUGAAUAAAUCAAAACCCCAAUUGCAAUUAUAAGUGUGUGGAAAAUUGCAUCUGACAAGCUCCUUCUGGAAAAUUCACGCAUAAAUAAAAAAAAAUUGGCUUGUUAAGGUAUUCUUUUGGGCUUGAAACGACAUGAAGAUGCCGAUUCCUAUUAUUUUCAUCAGUUCCAUGUCUGUUUCUUAUCUUAGUGAGUUACUCCGUUUCUGAGACUUAGCGUCAAAUUUUCAAAUCAUGCGGAAAAUCUUCCAGAGGGUCUCAAGAAGAAAGGACUACGGUAGCUUUUUUGAAAGUGUGAAACAAGCUUCGGUUUACAACAUUUCAACCUUCAAGCACGUCUACAUUCAUGUAAACGGUGCAAAUAGGAAAAAUAAUUGAAUUUAUGAGAACAGGGGCAUUAUGGUGUAAAUGAAGGAGAUGUCAUGAGAUGGGAAGAAUCAACUUGAGGGGAGAAGAGGAACAGCGUCGGGCUCAUUGAUUUUCAAUACAAGGGAGCAGCUUGGCUGGCGUCCAGGCAGUAUUUUCCCCUUGGUCACGCCGAAAUGAGCCCGGUUCUUUUCAUUUUCCUCGCAGUGUUGGCUUUUCUUCAAAUAGUGGUCAGUCGUUUGUUUGUUGUUUCUAUUGUUUGAUCUGUGUGAAAAUAAGUAAUAAAAAGCUGCAAUAAAAUUGUGGCGCCGAAUGUUGUAAAGUCAGUAUAAAAUGGCUAGCAUAGCGACAAAGCUCUCAAUUUGAGUUAUGACACAUUUUUUGAAGUAUCAAUGAAGAAAACGUAAUUCUAAAACUGUCCACUGACUUGUAUAAAAUAUAAAAAUUGGAUUGUUCUCUGAUUACUUAUAAAAAUGAAAGAAAGGAGCUUUGUUCUAUUUUUUUGCUUGUAUAUUGUAUAGGAAUAAAUUUAAAAAAAUCGAAAAAAAUAAUUUUUUUCAAAUCACUUUUUGUAUCUAAAUCAGAUGUUUACCUUUUCAAAAUUUAUUGUACUGAUGAUGUUAAUUGAACACCCUUUUUUUCUGAGAGUUUCCAUCUGGAAUAUACAAAAAAAAAGAAUCAAAAAGAAGCUUUAAACUGGUUUCUUUUGCAUCUAUAUUUUCAAAAAUUAACUUCAGAGAAGCUGUCCUGGUGAGCCAAAAAAAUAAAAAAAUAAAUUGAAAAACUGACGAAAAAUAUCUCAGAAUUCAUAUUACUUCUGUUAAUGAAAUAUUUUCAGUUUUGGAACAGAGAUCAAAUCGGCGAGUUGGAAUAUUUCUCGUACGGAAAAGCAGCGUGGAGAAACAUUUCAAGCAAUUGCACGUGUCCGGACGGAUCCAGGAAUUGCUACCCACAUCCCGCGGAUCCAAAUUUGUGCGGAAAAUGUUUUUCUUCUUGCGGCGGUUGGGGAGAUUUAUCUCUUCCUGGGUGAGUUCUUUGCAGUUAUUGAAUGUUUGAUCGUCUCUAUCAGAACUUGUUAGAGCGAACUUUUAUUGAUCAUCAUAGUGACCUUUGAAAGUCAAAAAUUUACACAUCUUUAUUGUUUCCCUUAGGACAAAGUGACGAAAAAAUCAAACCCCCAGCGUCAAAGAUUGUUUUUUCUUUAGAAUCGUGAAGUCAAAAGAACAUUGCUUCGCUUUGUCAGCAACUCAAGCCGAUAUGAACAAAGUGCUGGUUCUGAUUGCUUCAAUACACAAGCACUAUCCGCAGAGCAAAAUAUUGAUCUACAACGAUGAGAAAUCGGUAACGAGAAUCAAUUUUUUUCAUUCAAAAAUAUGCUUCUUAUUUUGCCUUUUUUUAGAAAGCUGAAACAAAAACAUAGCACCCAAAAAAAUAAAUACACUUUGUGUACUUAACAAUAAUUUUUCUCUCAUACUUUCCGUAUGAAACGCAUUCUGUCUGAACCUAUCUCUUUGAGCUGCUGAACAAUAUUUCAUCUUUCAGACAGUCCUUCAGCAUCAGAUGAUAAGUAUUCGGAACGUCCAAGUCAUUAACCGUGAACAGCUGCGAACAGUCGCUGACCCAUUCGUAACUCCUUUUUAUCUUCGUGUACGUUGAAAUUCCUACUAGGCCUUCGAAAAUCAGCGGACGAGUCUUUUCCAGUUACACCUGAGAGAUAGUUGAUACCAUCCCUUUAACAAAAACACGAAAAGUUUAGAGAACGAACAAAAAUCGUUGAGACCUUUUAGGAAGAAAUUACGACAAAAUUUAAAGAAGUUCCUGAUUGAAUCAAAUUCCAGCACUAGAGAGUUUCAGAUCCAAUAAAAAUUUGAAUAAUUUCCAUGAUUCUACAAAAAGAGGAAACAAGUAAAUAAUUCCCAACGGCCUUUGAUUUGAGAGGAAGAUGUCUCUGAGAAUAUUCAUUUCCCUGCCUCUUACGAAAAAAGGUUCAAACUAGAAACAAACAGUAAAAAGUGCAAAGUCAAAAUGCGAAAAAGGAAUGGCGAUUCAGGAUGCACUACAACGACAUGAAAACGUCGUGUGGCUAUCGAAGGAUCUCGAAUUUCUGUCGCCGAAGCUGGACAUGCAAGCACGCACGUGGCCAUCUCCCGUUACGUUCAUCGGAUAUGACUCAUUCAAAAAAGUUCUGACCGCUGGUAAGUGAAAGGCUUCGAUCCUACUAAAUCUGAAAACUGAAACCAACGCGAUACGCUUCCAGGGUUCCGGGAAUAUUUCCCUUCAGCUGAAUCUUGGCCUUCAGCACCUUUGGCUGUGCACCUGAAGCAGGAGUUGAACAAAUUUAUUAACUGGUGAAUGAGUUUUUUUUUCUGUUUGGUCUUACAAACGUUGAAAAACUUUUUGUGAUGAUAAUGAUUGGUAUGAAAAAUCAAAAUGAUACGCAAAGAUAUUGUGAACUUGAAGACCUUUCUUUUGUGUUAAAACCAUCUUUGAAGUUUUUCCGAGAGACUUCAACUUCUUUCAAAUGUCCUUUCUUAACUUUUUCUAUGAAGCUCACUCACUAUUGAAACGGUGAUUAUAGCGUAGUUGUAUGGAAGCCAAACGCUGAUCAAAAAGCUCGAGAGAACUUUUUUGGGGAAAAAUUUUAAGAAAAUCAUAAAAUCCUUUGAAUUUUCGACUUACCAACAAGAAAUAUCUCAUGAAAUAAAAAAAUACAAAAAGAAAUAUGAGCUGACUCCGUUUAAAGAAAUUUUCAUUUCUCAUAUUCUAAUCAGCCAUUUUUCUUGAAAAUUAAUUUUGUAAGGAUAAUUUUUCAGGGCUUUAAAAUGUGUCAGCGAGGAUAAUUGCUGGAAAUGCACUGAUGCAGCAUCUACUCCUAUCGAUUGUACUAUGAUUUUACUCGGACAACUUGCCGCAGAAGAAGAAAAAUUCAAACAUAAAGGAAUUCCCAAGAAAACUCUAGAACUCCAGUCUUGGUCGGCUCCAGAAUGUGACCUACUCUGUACCAUCUAUUUCACAGGAUUAACUACUAUCGCUCUCUUUAUUGUAUGUUUACUUGUCCUUUUGAUGAUCUCAGGAAGUUUGAAAAAAGUGGAGUAGCUCUUUUUGUCUCUGCGAAAUGGCUUACGGGUCUUUAUGUUUCAAAUUUUGUUUUGUAGUUACUUUUUUAUGAUGCAAAUAAUAAAUUAAACAAGCUUUAUAUUGCUCAGAAUAUCGACUUCUUCAUCAGCUGUUCAUCUGACCAUGACAACAAAUUUUUCGUUUUUUGUGGCAUCACUACUUUAAAUCCAGAUCCUGGUUUGAUCUUUCCGUGCAAGUACCUUCGAAAAACAGAUCAAACCAUCAGAAGAGGAAGUAAUGAAACAGAGAACCGACUUUGAGUACGCUCCGGCCACACGCGUGGGAACGUUCUUGCCUACGUCAUUUGGCGUUGAAACGUCGGGAGUCGAUUUUUGAUUCAGCCUUUGGACGUUUUUCGGCGGGUUGCCACUAUAUAACGAGGUGAUCGAGGGCUCUGGCAGAUGGAAGUCAAAAAAGAAUCAGUCAAUCAGAUCAUCUCUCUUGUUACACUAUCUCCGUUUUCGUCGUUGAUUGCCCUUUCUUUCUCAUCUUUAAACACUACGUCAACCUUCUUCGGACCGCCUCUUUCCAUCACCUUCUUAAGAAUAGCCGUCCAGUGUCAAGUUUAUAAGUUUAAUAUGGGCAAUGGGAAGUUUAUCUAUGCCGCGACUUGAAACGGUCUGGCGUUCUUGCCUUCCUCUUCUAUUAAUUUCAUGUUUCUAAAAGACCUCGUCGAUGAGAUAGAAAACUCAGACAGAUCCGACAAAUUCAAGAAAAAAAUAAAGCUCUUUUAUCGCGACCCAUUUUAAAACUGAAUUGAUAAAAACUUCUUAACCAAUUCAGUACUCAAAUUUGUAGUUUUGGUUCCCCUCGCUUCAUUCCAAUUUGCGUUCUGUACUGAUUGAUAUAACUCAUCUUGACACAUGAACCUUCUUCAGAAUCGCCAUGCUCUUCUGCAAAUUAUUUCUCUUCCUUCAACUCAUCGACGUUGUCUUCUCAAUGAGUCUCUUGGAUGCCUACCGUUCCGACAAGCUCACCAGAAGACGUCAAGGCUUGAUGAACAACCAAUUCCGUCCAAUUUUGCACUUGAGAGGGGAAGACGACUGGGUUAGUUCAUUAUUUGUUCCAAUCACGCGGUUUCUUUUGUUUUUGAAAGAUUCUCUACCACUAGGCAUGACCGUUGGCAAAAGAUCGUUUUAUUUUUCAGCAGCAUCAAAUCAACGACAACUUUUCGCCUAACCAAAUCAUGGACGAAAAUGGCGUUGUUUACGAUAUGGACCCGACCAUCAACGACAGGUUUGUAUGGGUUUUUUUUUUUCUCAUGAGGUGAUGAUAAAAAGUUCUCAGAAUAAUAUUUUUUGUGGCCGAAAAAUCGGAAUAGAAAUGAAACUGUUUCCAGGGUCUCACUGUUCUUCAACUCUCAACGCGCUAGUUCUGCACGGGCUGGAAGGAAAUAA